CAAAACUUUAUUACAUUCUCCUCUAAGUCUCUCGAAUUAGAUCAAAAGGUUCUCUCUUUUUUUCAGUGUUCAGAAAUCAGAUGGCUUUAGAAGCUCUUAACUCUCCAACAACAGCUGCUCCGCCUCCCUUCCACUUUGAAGAUAGCAACUUACACUCCCUGGAAUCAUUGACCAAGCGUAAGCGUUCAGAGCGACCACGUUUUGAUCAUGUUACCACCGAGGAAGAAUACCUCGCUCUGUGUCUGAUCAGGCUAUCACGCGGUGGCGAAGCCAACUCCGCCAACACUUCUUCCAUCCCACACCGCCAUCGCUCUCCUACUCCAAUCGCUUCGACCUCAACAGAGCAGAAGCUUAGCUACAAGUGUAGCGUUUGCAACAAGUCCUUCAACUCUUACCAGGCUUUGGGUGGCCACAAAGCCAGCCACCGUAAGCUUUCAGGUGCCAACGAAGACCAGUCAACGUCAACAACCAAUGCCGCGACAGCCGGUGGAGUUAUUUCCGCCACGUUGAACCCAAGAGGUAAAUCCCACGAGUGUUCCAUCUGCCACAAAAGCUUCCCUACUGGCCAGGCCUUGGGAGGCCACAAGCGAUGCCACUAUGAAGGUGGGGCUGGGAAUAGUGCAAGCGGCGUGACCAUAUCCGAAGGAGUGGGCUCAACCAAUACCAUGAACCGUAUCAGCCAGCGGGUCGAAUUUGACCUCAACCUUCCUGCUUUGCCAGAAUUCUCACCGGCUAAUUUCUUUGUAUCUGGCGCUGAUGAUGAAUUGGAAAGCCCACACCGCGCUAAGAAGCCGCGUGUGUUGGUGCAGAUGCCACCCAAAAUUGAAGUCAACUAAACAAUUCGAAGUUAAAAGCCUUAUUUUUAGAUGCGUAGGAAUUAAUUUUCGACCAGAUUGAUUGUAUUUCUUUUGGUUUUCCGAGACAUUUUAUUUUCUCUCUGUACAUAACACUCGAGCAAUUCAUCAGUGGCGAUGCUACUGUGUUUAUUAAUUAGUCUAUUUAAUUCAAUACUAUUUGGUAA